GGCGGCCGCGGCAGAAAAUGGCGGCGACCGCAAUGCACGCUGGGAGGUGUAGUCCGCACCCCCUCUGUCGCCAGCGGAAGAGGCGGGGCUUGCGCACUACGAAUCCCAUCACCCCCCGCGGCCGCGCAUGCGCAGAAGCCGCGGAGUCUCUCGCGGAGAGGAAGCGGAGGCGGCGGCGCGCGUGGCGUCGCCUCAGUCGUCGGCUCCGCUUCAGCGGCGAGGCCGCGCAAGGAUCGCGAGGCUCCUGUCGCGAUAGAGCGGAGCUGUCGGCGAUAGAGGAACAGCGCAACCUCUCGGCCCUGCGGCCCAAGAAAGGGGGGGCGGGCGGGGACCCCCCCCCCGGCGAGGAGGAGCUGCGGCGACUCGAGGCCGCCCUGGCCAAGAAGCCAAACCCCGAGAUCCUCGACCACCAGCGCAAGAGGAGGGUGGAGCUGAAAUGCCUGGAGCUGGCCGAGCUGAUGGAGGAGCAGGGCUACUCGGCCGAGGAGAUCGAGGCCAAGGUGGCCACGUUCCGGACGAUGCUGCUGGAGAAAGACGACGGCCCCGGCGACCCCGAGCAGAAACCGGCGGUGACGGAGACUCAUCAGCUGGCCGAGGCUAACGAGCGGAAGAACGAGCGGCUCCGCGCCGCCUUCGGCAUCAGCGACUCCUACGUGGACGGGAGCUCCUUCGACCCCUCCCGGCGCCCCAAGGAGCCUCCCCCGGAGCCCCCCGAUCCCCCCAGCGCGGCUCCGGAGGAAUCGAGUUCGCGUUCGCCCUCCCCGAAGCAGAAGAAGAAGAAGAAGAAGAAGGAUCGGGGCAGAUCCGCCAGUCGCUCCGGGGAGAGGAAGAAGAGCAAGAAGAAGAAGCACAGGUCGGAAUCAGAGGCCAAGAAGCGAAAGCACCGCUCUCCCAGCCCCAAGGCCAAGCACAAGGCCAAGGAGAAGAAACGCAAGAGAUCCACCAGCCAAUCGCAGAAGCCGGAGCGCUCUUCCUCCCCGGCCGGCUCCUCCUCUUCCUCAGGCUCCUCCCGCAGCAGGUCCCGCAGCGCCACGGCCCCGACCCCGGCGCCGCCGCCGCGCCGCGAGGAAGAGGAGCCGGCGCCGCCGCCGCCUUCGGCCUCACCUGCCGCCGCCGCCCCUCCCCCGCCGCAGCAGGAGCCGCAGCCGGAGCCGCUCGCGCCGUCACCGGCGCCGUCCCCCGGCGUCGCCGCGGAGCCGCCGCCCGUGAGCCCCUCCCCCGCCUCCCCCGCCCAAGCCCCGCCCUCCCCUCCCCGCCCCGCC